CUGUUUGUUGUUGUUUGUGUUGCUUGGGGGACAAAUCGGUCAGCAAGCAAGCAAGAAAAAAGCAGCAGAAUAAGAAGGACAAGCAAGCAGGGAUGGACUUGGUGCAGGUGAUUGUGGUGCGGCGAGACUUGUGGCGGGCGUGUGGGUGGAGCAUUGGGUCGAUUGUGGCUCAGGGCGCUCAUGCCGCAAUCGCUGUCAUUGUUGAGAACAUGGACCAUGACAAUGUCAAGCGAUACACGGCCGACGUCCCUCACAUGACCAAGCACGUCAAGGAGGUGAAAAGCGAACAGCAACUGCUGAACUUGAGUGAGAAGCUGAGGGAGGCGGGCAUCCCGCACCACCUCUGGAACGAGCAGCCAGAGAACAUGCCCACGUGCCUCGCUACCAUCCCCAUCCCCAAGGACAACAUCAUCAAGCCGCUCAAGAAGCUCCAGCUCUUCCGAGACACCAUCGCACAGUCUACACCGCAGCAGCAACAACAACAACAACAACAACAACAACAACAACAACAACAACAACAACAACAACAACAACAACAACAACAACAACAACAACAACAACAACAACGCGGGACCAAGGACAAGCCGGAACAGCCAACAGUGCCUGCAGUGCCUGCCCACUCACAGCAACAACAACCACAAUCAACAGGCGAGCGCAGGACAGAUGCCCAGGGGCCCAACUAG